AUGAACGAAUCCAUAGCGGUGACAAACCUUUCAUAUGCCCCCUUUGUGGUCGGUGCUUCGCUCGGCAGGAUGUACUCAAUCGACAUGCUCGCGUCCAUCGGGCCAGUUGAGGCUUCGUACGUGAACCAGAGUCACGAUACCCUAUCCCUUGAAGAUUGUUCUUCCCUACUCUGGCCCGACUCCGAGGACCUGUUGCAGAACAUCCUGGCAAUUGAUCCUGGCAUCUGGAACCAACCGGCUUCCCUUAUGCCGCAGACGCUCAGCAUUCCUCCAACUCCUUUGCAAACCACUACAGAUGGGCGAGAUGUCUCACCAUCAAAUCGUAGUAGCAUCGCAGAAGAUGGGGAGCGAGCGAUCCAGUCCUUGAGCGGACUCAUCAAUGAGACGUUCUGCAAUGUGACGGCUCCAUCAGCCUUGGCAGGGCUCACUUCGCGGUUUCUGGAUAGUAGUCUGCAUAUGUUCUUCAGAUUCAUAGUUCCGAUGUUUCCAGUGAUCCAUCAGCCAACAUUUGUCUUCCGAGAUUGCCCUCCACCUCUGUUGCUGAAUGCAAUUGCACUGGGUGCCUUAUUUUUGGGGACUCCAGACGCAAUUGUGAAGGCGGAUGCUCUCUGGCAGCUCGCUCACACCGCUGUCGCAACAUCAUGGCACACAAUGAUUCAGCAAAAACGACCAUAUGAUUCAUGCAAUGGAGUCUGCCUUGUCCAAACAAUGCUACUAAGUCAAAUAUAUGCUGCAUUGUCAAAAAGUCGGACUCUGCGAACCACUAGCCAAGUCUUUCAUGGGUUGGCGCUCUUCUGGGCUAGUCACUGUGGCAUGUACGAAGGGCUAGAUCAACCUGCAUUGCCCUCCCCAGACGCGCAUCCCGACAUAAUCCAACGCACUUGGCAUAGUUGGAUUGUUCAGGAAACCAGACUUCGCACUUUGCUAGGACUAUACAUCGUGGAUGGCGUGGUGUCUCAAUUCAGCGGUAAUCCGACGUUCGCACGACACAUGGCCAAUCCCCUCACUCUACCCAGUGAUGAGUCCAUUUUCAAUGCUGCCACAGCCCAGGAGUGGAUCCACACAAGCGACAGGACGCGCACGAGCAUGAGGCCGCAGUAUGGUAUUUCAUUGUUUCAUCACAAGGUUGUUCUCGAAGGUAUCCGGUCUCUUGUUGCAGAUGCAACUCGAACGAAACCGGUACCAGUUGGUGUUCCGUCAAAACAAGAAAUUGGCAAUGCUGUCAUAAGGUUACGGGAACAGAUAAUUCAAAACCAACAUCUCUCCUCGUCAGACCAAGCAGUCGCAAUGCUGCAGUGGCACACAAUAUGUCUCGAUUUGGUUGUUAACACAGCACGAGGUACCCGCCGAAUGUGUUCGUUGCAUGGGAUUCCACAGCGCAUCUUUGGAGGAGACAGUCGCGACGAGCAGGACAUAGAUCCACGCCGCUGGGCACAAAGCAAGAAUGCGCGCAUUGCCUUACUGCACGCAUCUCAACUUCAAGAGCUUGCUACAAAUCUCCCGCUCGGAAUGGCCUAUGAUAUCAAUGUUCCCGGUGCUGUCUUCGCUGCAGCGACCACGUACAGUGCCUUUGCUUUGGCGGGAGCUGGGAAAGUGGUUCUGCCUUCUGCAAUAGACUGGGUGGCCACCGUUCAGGCUGCUACCAUGGAUGAGCAAGUGGGAAAUUCAAGGUCGCACAUUACCUCCAACGAGACCCUGUCAUUUGUGACUGACGGGGCUUUCGCUAGGGGCCCGCUGCGAGAUCUUUCUUAUGAGUUGACAUCUAUUCGAAGCUUGUUGCGGUCUCUCUCGUUGCAGUGGAGCGUUGCUGAGGAGAUGGAACAGGUUGUUGGUGCUUGGAUUGAGCGCAUGCAAUGA